GUGAAUACACCCAUCGUGGAAAACCAUCAUCGAGCAGAAAGACACCAUCAUUUCGUUUUUUUUGGUGCGCGUGAAAAAAAAACUCACAAUCAAAUAUACAAAAUCUUCUGCACCGUGCAAGUAUUGCGAACCGUCGUCGUCAUCUGUAAUAAUCAUCGUCGCUCGGAUUAUAGUCCCUCAAUUGGAGAAAAUCCAACCCGGCCCGUGUGUGUAUAGUGCAUUACCAGAAUCAGAAUCGAGUGUGGAUCGCGACUUGGCGGAACGAGUUUUGGGAUUUUCGUCGGAUCAGCCAGAAUCGAGACCAUCAACCGCUUCAGUCGGUGUUUUUGGGUCGCGUCGAAACCAUCGCGAUAGAAACCUCCGCGCGGACGACGAGCAUUUUUCGGAACAUUCGGUGCUACGGUUUUUAUUGAGAGUGUGAAGUUUGUGCAGUAAGAGCGGUUAGGAAGCGCAACCAGGUGCAUUUAGUUGGCAGUGAUUUUACACACUAGUGUCUAUUGUUUUGUGCUUCUGUGAAGUUUACAUCAACACCAGGAAAACAUGGAUGAUCUUACCCCAGAGCAGAUUGCAAUCCUGCAGAAGGCCUUCAACAGCUUCGACCGCGAAAAGACCGGUAGCAUCUCGUCCGAAACGGUCGGCGAGAUCCUCCGACUAAUGGGACAGCCCUUCAACAGCAAAAUCCUCGAGGAGAUGAUCGAAGAAGUUGACGAAGACAAAUCCGGUCAAAUUGAGUUCGCCGAGUUCAUCACGCUAGCGGCCAAGUUCAUCGUUGAGGAGGACGAGGAAGCCCUGCACAAGGAGCUGAAAGAGGCCUUCCGUCUGUACGACAAGGAAGGAAACGGCUUCAUUCCCACCUCCUGCCUGCGCGAGAUCCUUCGAGAGCUGGACGACCAGCUGUCCGAGGAGGACCUGGACAUGAUGAUCGAGGAAAUCGACUCCGACGGUUCGGGAACGGUCGAUUUCGAUGAAUUCAUGGAGAUGAUGACUGGUUAAACGGGAAUGUUUACACCGGAUCGGCUCCACCGUAUUCCCCCAUCCGAUGCGAUCGUGGUCAUUUUCCCCCCACUCAUCGACGAGAGAGGCAUAGGCACCCAUAAAACGACCCUCUCAGCACAUUUUGUUCUCAAUCUCUAUGACUUAAAGUUAAUUAUUGUUUUGUAUACACUUACUUUUAGAAAUCACAGAUUAAGAACGGACUACGUGUUUGUUAGCUCGUGUAUUGUUAGACAAGCCCGUUUCUAAUGGUAUCGGACCUUGCAUUACUAUUUAAAAACUGUUUAGUUGUUUGCUUUUUUGAGUAAGACGUAGAAAAAUUAGAAAAUCAACACCUGAGGAUUAAAAACAACAUCGGAAUUCUGCGGCGUCAAACCCUAUUUAGUAUUUGAAUUCACCAUCAAUCUGUUUUAUUCUCUCUCUUAAAUUAUGAUUUAGUUUAUCUUACUCACCUGUAUUGUAGCAUUGUUCUUCUCUGCGCGUAAGGAACGAUUUAACAGGACAUUUUUUCUCAGUACUCUUCUGCAUUAUUAAUGUUUAAUAAUAAAGAAAACGAGUUCAGUAAAACGAAUAA